CAUCUUGGACGGUUGCUUCUUUUGUUUUUGUUUUUCGUAAUUUUGUUUAGAAAAGGUUAAUGAUGUUGUCUGUGUAGCAGUACCUUCAUAGCCUCAUAUUAUCAUCUACAAUGCAUCAUUGACUGAUUUUUUUUAGUUUUUGUUUUUGGGUCUUUGAGCUUUGGGUAGCUGUUUCCUGAGUACAAUAUAAAAAAGUUCCCUUUUAUGGAAAUGGGAUCUGCUUUUUCCCAACUCAUAAAAAAAUAAGAAUAAAACUGAUUAUUAGAACCUAUAAUAACAGUAACAAUAUGCUAAUAGUCUGAUUCCUCUGGAAAAGGAACUCAUGGAGGUCAUGAUUUCUCCUACACUGCUUGUUGUCUCAUCUGCCCAAAUGCCAUAAACAAUUCCAAAAUUGGUCAUGUUUUGUCUUUCUGUUGUGGCCUGGUUCUGACCUGAAUUUACUUCUUGCGAUUCAAAGAGAGGAAUGGAGGGUGACACAUUCUCUGGCCUUGCCAAUGGUGCUCAGAUUGAUGCCAACAUCAUGCAGACAUUUCACAAGAGCUUUGUUCAAGUUCAGAGCAUCUUUGAUCAGAACAGGCUACUCAUCAAUGAGAUAAACCAGAACCAUGAGUCUAAGGUCCCUGAUAACCUCACCAGGAAUGUAGGUCUCAUUAGGGAGCUCAACAACAAUAUCAGAAGAGUGUAUGACCUAUAUGCUGAUCUUUCAAGUUCCUUUACCAAAUCCAUGGAAGUUACUUCAGAGGGGGAUUCCAGUGGUGGUGUGAAAUCAGAUGGGAAGGCAGGCCACAAGAGACACAGGCCUGUGUAGAGACUUUGUUUCCCUGUGAUUCUUUUGCUUGAUGGAGAAGUACAAGAAGUGUUGAAGGGUAGAACACAAGGUUAGAAGAUUCAGUAGUUGAAGAAGCUCUAUUGUGUUACAGGACUGCUAGUACAUCACUUGUUCCUUAUAUUCCAAAUAAAAAAUUAUAUAUUGAUUUUUAUCUACAAUUCUCUCAUUGUAAUUUGUAACCAUGUAAUUUGGGAUCUAAUAGAAAUCUAGCAUGAUUGUGCAACUAAUUCAAUCAUGCUACUGUUGUUCAAAGUGGAAA